CAGCGCUUUUGUAGCCAGUCAGGGAGAAGCGAGGAGGGAUUUCCGGAGUUUGAAAAACUUCCGGCGGGAACCGGAAGACGCUGUCACGCACGCAGACUCCCGGGCCUUCCGACACGCCGGGCGGGAAGAUGUCAUCAUUGCCAAGAAGAGCAAAAGUAAAGGUCCAGACCGUAGUAUCCAAAGAUGAAUUUUCUUCCUUCUCUGAGUCAUCGUCGGCCUCUGAAGAAGAUGACAAGGAAGAUAGUGCCUGGGAACCCCAAAAGAAAGUCCCCAGAAGGCUGAAGCAGUCUGUUCCCAAGGAAUCUAAACCAAAGAGGGUGCCCCGGGCGAAAAAGAACACCCUACAGAUCAAUGAUGGCUCAGAAGGUGUGGCCGUUAAGGAGGAGCCGAAUAGUUCUGUGUCUAUUGCUGAUGUUGCUUUGGAAGACAGAAAAAAUAAAUUGGAUACUGUGCAGACUCUGAAAACAACAAAGACCAAACGGAAAAAUUCAGCUCAGUCACCUUCAACUCGGAGGACCAAAAAGCUGAAAGUUAAUGAAACCAACAAAGCCAGCAACUUCGAUAGUGGGAGUAACAGUACAGAUAUACCGUCAACAAGCACCAUGUGGGAAGGGGCAUGCAAGAAGGAAGAGAGUGAAGAUGACUGUGCAUCUGGUCAGCCCCCUUUAAAGAAAAUGAAGACUGAAACAUGUCCUCAGGGGCAGCCUGUCAUGUUCCCAGCAAAUGCCAACAAUAUUAUAGAGGAGGUGGAAAUGAACUGGGACAUAGUACAGGUUUUAUCUGAAAGAACUAAUAUUGAACCUUGGGUUUGUGCCAACAUCAUUCGUCUCUUUGAUGAUGAUAACACAAUUCCAUUCAUCAUACGUUAUCGAAAAGAGCUCAUUAAUAACCUUGAUGCAGAUUCCUUGAGAGAAGUUCAACAAGCCCUAGAGGAGCUCCGGGCUGUUGCAAAGAAGAUUCGUAGUACAAUUCAGAAAAUUAAGAAGGAGGGGAAGAUGUCUGAAUGCUUGUUAAAAGCUUUGCUGAACUGUAAGAGUUCUGAAGAACUAGAACAUGUGUCAGCUCCAUAUAAAACUGGGAGCAAAGGCACCAAAGCCCAAAGAGCAAGGCAAUUGGGAUUAGAAGGGGCAGCCAGGACAUUACUCGAGAAUCCAGGGGAGCUCAAUCUGCUGUCUUACAUUCAACCAAAUGUAGAAGGGCUUUCAGCACUCCAGGACAUUGCAACAGGAGUGCAGCAUAUUUUAGCAGACAUGAUUGCUAAAGACAGAGACACACUUGACUUCGUUCGGAAAUUGUGCCAAAAUAGAUAUAUUUCUCUCCAGUCAUCUCUAGCAAAAGUGUCCUCAAAAAAAGUAAAUGAGAAAGAUGUUGAUAAAUUUGUACUCUACCAGAAUUUUUCAUGCAACAUAAGAAAUAUCCAACAUCAUCAGAUUCUGGCAAUUAAUCGUGGAGAAAAUUUGAAGGUACUGACGGUCAAGGUCAACAUUCCUGAUGGAGUUAAAAAUGAAUUCUGUAGGUGGUGCAUCCAAAACAGGUGGAGACCACGUGGCUUUGCAAGGCCAGAGUUAAUGAAGAUCUUAAACAAGUCACUGGAUGAUUCCUUUAAACGCCUUAUUUAUCCUCUCCUCUGUAGAGAGUUAAGAGCCAAGCUAACAUCAGAUGCAGAGAAGGAAUCAGUAAUGAUGUUUGGACGGAACCUUCGUCAGCUCCUUUUAACAAGCCCUGUUCCAGGGCGCACUUUGAUGGGAGUGGAUCCUGGUUACAAACAUGGUUGCAAAUUAGCUAUAAUUUCUCCUACCAGUCAGAUACUUCACACUGAUGUGGUUUACUUGCAUUGUGGACAAGGCUUCCGAGAAGCAGAGAAAAUAAAGAGGCUUUUGCUGAAUUUCAACUGCAGCACAGUGGUGAUUGGAAAUGGAACUGCCUGCCGAGAAACAGAAGCUUACUUUGCUGACCUGAUAAUGAAAAAUUACUUUGCACCACUGGAUGUUGUUUACUGUAUUGUCAGUGAAGCAGGAGCAUCCAUCUACAGUGUUAGCUCUGAAGCUAACAAAGAGAUGCCGGGACUGGACCCUAAUUUGAGAAGUGCAGUUUCCAUAGCAAGGCGUGUACAAGAUCCAUUAGCUGAGCUGGUGAAAAUCGAGCCGAAGCACAUUGGAGUUGGAAUGUAUCAGCACGAUGUAUCACAGACUUUACUCAAAGCAACACUGGACAGUGUUGUAGAAGAAUGUGUCAGCUUUGUGGGAGUGGAUAUUAACAUCUGUUCAGAAGUUUUGUUAAGGCACAUUGCUGGACUCAAUGCCAACCGAGCCAAAAAUGUUAUUGAAUGGCGAGAGAAAAAUGGGCCCUUCGUCAACCGAGAACAGCUGAAAAAAGUGAAAGGACUGGGUCCAAAAUCUUUCCAGCAGUGUGCUGGCUUCAUCAGAAUCAACCAGGAUUAUAUUCGAACAUUUUGCAGUAGUCAGCACACUGAAUCUCCGGGCCCAAUUCAGGGAGUUGCCGUGACAUCGCCAGCAGGUGUUGAGGUCACAAAUGAGAAGCAGGGCAAAAAGAAGAGCAAAAUCGCAGUGAAUUUUGUGCUGCAGCCAAAUCCUUUAGACCAAACUUGCAUUCACCCGGAAUCAUAUGACAUAGCGAUGAGGUUUUUAUCAUUCAUUGGAGGGACACUGUGUGAAAUUGGAAAGCCUGAAAUGCAACAAAAAAUAAACUUAUUCCUUGAAAAGGAAGGAAUAGAGAAAAUUGCAGAAAAAUUGCAAACAACAGUACACACUUUACAGAUCAUCGUAGAUGGCCUCAGCCAGCCUGAAAGCUUUGACUUUCGAACAGAUUUUGAUAAACCCGAUUUCAAGAGAAGCAUAGUCUGCUUGGAAGAUCUGCAGGUUGGGACAGUUCUUACCGGCAAAGUGGAGAAUGCCACUCUGUUUGGAAUUUUUGUGGAUAUAGGAGUGGGGAAAGCAGGGCUGAUUCCCAUACGAAAUGUAACAGAAGCAAAACUUUCUAAAACGAAGAAGAGAACGAGUCUUGGACUGGGCCCUGGAGAAAGAGUGGAAGUCCAAGUACUCAACAUUGAUGUCCCCCGAUCUAGGAUUACUCUGGACCUCAUUCGGGUGUUGUAAGUGUCCCACUAGAGGCCACUUAUUUCCUCAUUUCCAUGGCUUGGCAGGAAUAAGUCAGAUGUUUGUGAAUUUUAGAUAAGGAAUAAGAAAGAAUUCACUUAAUAUCAGAAGUAUUUUCCAAACACUUCCCUAAGUUUUUCUUCUUAAUAAAUAGAAAACUAGUUUGAUUUCCCCGAAAGAAAACAACUGAUAGGCAUCAUUAUGCGGCUUUAUGUAGUAAUGUUUUUCUGACCAAAAUUUUAUUUUUUGUAAUUCAUCCUUGACUCCUUUUGCAUUUUGUAUAACAGAUUAUUUCACCUCUACUUACCAACUUGCCUUGAUGGACUUGUACGGAAUUAUCUUCUUGAUUUGAAUUGUACAGUUUUUCUUGACAUAGUAGGGCUGGCACUGUUUAAUUCUCCCUUUUUAUAAGUUUUAAAAAUCAGGCCUUUUGGAUUUGAUUUGUGAUUUUUCCCUUGCUAAGUAAACCAAAAAUAUACCAAUAGAACAGAUCCUGAUGUGUUCGUAACCAUCAAGUGAAUAGCUCAAAGCGUUUCUCAAAAGGAUUUAUGUAUUGAUCCCUUCAAUAAAGUUUUGUGGCUAGUGACCUUGCUUUUGCUAUGUUGAUUUAGUGAAUGGCCAAGGAGUCACUUUGAUUAAAGAAGAUGUAGCAUACAUUCAUGCAAAUCGCAUGUAAACCAGUUGUGUCUUUGGGGAAGAGAGAACCCUCUGGAAAUUUGAAAAAUGGCUUUCUGUUUGACUUAGUAUAGAAGGAUGUGUUCUUUCUUAGGCAUCAGGAUUAAACAUCAAAUUGGGAUAGAAAUGGCCUUCCUAAAGAUUACAUAUAGAUCAGGGUAAGAAAAAAAAGUAGGUAAAGCAAGUGACUCUUAACUCUAUUUAUUGGAGUUGAUAAGUAUGACCAUUCAGGGUAAAAAUGAUAUAAAUAAAGCCCAUACUGUACAUUUGUCUAUUCAGGCUGCUUUGGUUGGUUUGCCUAUUGGAGUCAUUGGAGUUGCUGGUUUUCUCCAUGUGUCAUGAGUGGAAGAUUGUUACUAAAAAGGGAGAUUAGACCCGCUUUUUUGCCUGGGACAGCCCUGGUAAACUCUCAUUGUCAUGGAAUGAUUUUUAACAAUGCCUCUUUUUAUUCCCAGAGUGCCCCCAUUCUGGAUAAUAAAUCAUAUGAUAACCUUAGUAGUAAGUCCCUUACAAAGUGGUAAAUCAGGCUGUUUAUUGAUAGUUCUGCUUUAUGGUUUGCUGUGCUGGAAAAAUACCUUUUAACUCGUGUACAAAGAUCUUUUUAAUGCAGUAGGUUCCUUAAAAAUUGUGUAACACAAGUCCUGUUUGCCUGACUAUUUCAUUUCUGAAAUGCUUUUUUAUUUCUUUUUUACUGAUCUUCAAUUGACAGUUGUUGUUAAUUUUGUAACUUUAAACUGAUCUUCCUACUCACUCCUCUCAAUGUUUUUCCUGGUUGAUCAUUUAUAGGUCAAUGACGAGUGACUAAAAAGUGUUAUCCUGAACCCUGCAAUGCAAUUUCAAAUAAAUGCUUUCUUUUUAUUGAGGUAUAAUAGAAUAUA